UUAUUUAUUUAUUACAGCCACAGAGGUAGUAAUAAACAAGUCUCUCCUUCCUCAUCUCUCCGUCGUCCGAUCUCCCCUUUCUCUCCCUUCAGAUUUCUCCAAAUUCAUCAGCCAAUCUUCUCUCUUUUUUCUCUCCCUUCCUCUGCGCGCCAAAUACAAAUCCACCCCCCAUCCCCCGAGGGUUUUGUUUUUUACUUCCUGUGAGGAAGAAACGAUGGCGGACAGUCCUGGCGGCUACGGAGCAGGCGGCGGCAGCGGCAGCCACGACAACGGCGGCGACGGCGGCGGCGGGGAUCAGAGCCCGAGGUCCGGCGUCCGCGAGCAAGAUCGGUUCCUCCCGAUUGCAAACAUCGGCCGCAUAAUGAAGAAGGCCUUACCUGCCAACGGUAAAAUUGCUAAAGAUGCCAAGGACACCGUUCAGGAAUGCGUGUCCGAAUUUAUCAGCUUCGUCACCAGCGAGGCAAGUGAUAAGUGCCAGAAAGAGAAACGGAAGACGAUCAACGGGGAUGAUUUGCUGUGGGCAAUGGCUACCUUAGGGUUUGAGGAGUAUAUUGCCCCGUUGAAAGCCUAUUUGGCUAGGUACAGAGAGUUAGAGGGUGACACCAAAGGAUCUGUUCGGGGUGCAGAAGGUUCCGGUAAGAAAGAGACAGCUGGAACUCAACUGCAUUCUGAUCCACAGGUAACUGCCGACUUCUUUUUAUUUUAUUUUAUUUUAAUUUAUUUAACGUCCGGACGACUUUUGCAGUUUGCACAUCAGGGCUCUUUCUCACAAGGCUUCAGCUACUCGAACUCCCAAAUCGAGUAUUGAUGAAGGAAAAGGGAUGUGGUUUGCCUUAGUGCAAAAGACGAAGCUCGUCUCUCUGCUGAGUUCGUUAGUCGAUAUUGUGUGAUUUUGUACCUUUUAAUAUUUUAUACACUUUAUAUAUCGAAUAAGUAUAGUGAUGUGUUAUUUUGUUGUUGCUGCUGUUGUUGUUGUCAGUCGUCGUUUGUAAUAGUAUGUAAAUCGUAAAAAUACCGAUACCAUCUGUUGUACAUUUUGCUUGUUAGUUUGCGUUUGGGUAUCCAAUAUUUAUUAUG